CUUCCGUCGAAACUCCAUUUCAUUCGGUUACAAAUAUUUGAGCGGUGAACUUCUUGUUUCUUCGUCCAGAAAUUAAUAUUUUGUAGUGUUUACAAAAAAUCUUUUUUGAAAAAAUCAAUUAAAACCAAUUUGUGAAAUUAAAAAAUUCUCAAACAAAAAUAAUCAAGAAUGGCUCGUACUAAGCAGACUGCUCGUAAAUCCACUGGAGGCAAAGCCCCACGUAAACAAUUGGCCACCAAGGCAGCUCGUAAAUCGGCUCCAUCUACCGGUGGUGUCAAGAAGCCCCAUCGUUAUCGCCCUGGUACAGUGGCUCUUCGUGAAAUCCGUCGCUACCAGAAAUCCACUGAAUUGCUUAUCCGCAAGUUGCCAUUCCAGCGUUUGGUGAGAGAAAUCGCCCAAGAUUUCAAGACCGAUUUGCGUUUCCAGUCGGCAGCUAUUGGCGCCUUGCAGGAAGCCAGCGAAGCCUAUUUGGUUGGUUUGUUUGAAGAUACCAAUUUGUGCGCAAUUCACGCCAAGCGCGUCACCAUUAUGCCAAAAGAUAUCCAAUUGGCUCGGCGAAUUCGUGGAGAACGUGCUUAAGUUGGCGUCGUCUCAAAAACUCUUUAUUACUUUAAUAUUACUUACAACAGCAGCAUAAGUUUUCUGAAAUGGAUGACAAGAAGGAUGACACAAAUUAGAUUCUACACUAACAGCAGUAGUAUCAUUGGCCAGUGUCUCUCUCCAUUCUUCUUUUGGUUUGGGUGGGAGAUGCUGGUUAUCUAGAAAAGACAAACAACACCAUUUUGUGUCUACUUCUGUUUAUUAUUUUUUUUUUUAAACAUAGCAUCUCUAUGCCAGGAGUUAUGUUUAUACUUUUUUCGGUAUUUAUAAUUAAUGUUUAAGGUUAGAAUUACAGACAAAAUAAAUAAAAAAAAAAAAAAUUAUAAAAAAAAUCCCUUUUGUCAAGUACGAGGGGAAUUAGUCUCCAUUUUGUCAUUUUAUGGAGAAAGAUGUAAUUUUCCUUAUGCUUCAAAUAAAAAACUUUUCCUCAAAAGGGAA